GGCCGAUCAUGAAUACGCAUUCCGAAAUGCUCCUACGACGCGCCCACGUGCUGAGAGACUGAUUCAUUCCUGCACGUGGGAGUGAUGUCAGAAAUCAGGCCUGUGGAAUUGGUUGGGCUCCUGGUUUAUAUAAAGUCUGUGCUUUCUUUCUCGAGCACCAACCACCAUCGCCGUCUUCACGAAUUAGGAAAAAUGCUCAGUCUUACUCGUUCUUUCGCCCGCCCCACCCGUCUCGCAUCGUCGCUUGCCAGAGCAGCUGCAUUCAUACACACUGUGCCCCCUCUCGACUAUCCCUACGAUGCCCUUGAACCACAUAUCUCUGCGGAGAUUAUGACUUUGCAUCACACGAAGCAUCACCAAGCGUACGUCACUGGCUUGAACGCAGCCGAGGAGGCAUUCGCAAAGGCGGAAACACCCAAAGAUAAGAUCAAGCUUCAGUCGGCGUUGAAAUUCAACGGAGGAGGACACAUUAACCACACACUGUUCUGGAAAAACCUUGCUCCUACGUCUGCUGGUGGAGGCAAGCUCACUGGGGGUCCCCUGAAAGCCGCAAUUGAGCGUGAUUUUGGUUCGGUUGAGGCAUUCAAGACGAAGAUGAACACCAAGACUGCUGCUAUUCAGGGCUCGGGCUGGGGCUGGCUCGGAUAUAACCCUGAUACUUCGAAGCUGGAGAUUGUGACUACGCCUAAUCAAGACCCUCUCCUUUCUCACGUUCCUAUCAUUGGAAUCGACAUUUGGGAGCAUGCGUUCUACCUUCAGUACAAGAACGUCAAGCCCGAGUACCUGAAGGCGAUUUGGAAUGUCGUCAACUUCCAGGAGGCCGAGAAGCGUUUCGUAGAGGCGACUCAGAACUAGAAUAGACUGUUUCAUGUAGUAGCAAAUGAGAAUGGACAAUUGUAUCCGCCGUUGAGCAUGAAUUUCACUG